AUGAUUAACAGCUUCGGCUUCUCGAGACCGUGCUCCAGAUUACCGGACAGAGUAAAGAUGGCCUUGGAGCCCCGCAACCUUCGGCUUCUCGAGACCGUGCUCCAAAUUACCGGGGUCGCGAAACUCAGCCACGAAGCCAUUGGCAGCUUUGCUGUUAUGCUCACAGUCAAUGAGGAGAUGGAUGUCCUCUUCCUCCUUGAGUUUUCGAAGGAGGUUCUUCAAAGCUUUCCGAGGUUCUUCAUCCUACCCCCCACGGGUGUAAAUGUCUGCGAUCAGCGCAAGGCGUUCCUCUCCCGACAAAGAAUCUGUACAUUUGAGCGUCAGCAGGGCUCACGGGAGUUCAUCUCACGACUCUCUGAGUCGUGGGCAAGGUUUGAGGUUCAAUUACAGCUUGAGAAGUCUUACCUGAACUCAAAUCCAGGAGAUCAUGAUGGCCAAUACAGCCACACCGUGCGCAAGGGACGACAUUACUACCUUCCGACUAAAGUUGAAGUUUGUUGCUCAUCGAUGGAUCCGCCACGCCGUGCGCAAGGGACAUUACUACCUUCCGACUAUAAGUUGAAGUUUGUUGCUCAUCGAUGUCGGAUCCGGUGUGCCAUGUCUGAGUCUUCCCACACUCGAGCUCAGGCACAUCUAACACCCAACAGAAUGAGUUUUGAAGCUGAAAUGAAGUUUGAUUCGAGAAAAACUAAAGACAGUAUGGUUUAA